AUGCUGCAGGAGAGACUGCGCGUCCUUGUUGUUGGGAGUGGCGGUCGAGAGCAUGCGUUUGCUUGGAAGCUCAGCCAUUCACCAAGUGUCGAUAUCGUUUUUGUCGCGCCGGGAAAUGGAGGUACUGCCUCAAGCCACUCUAAGAUAGCCAACAUCGACAUCAAGGCCGAUGACUAUGCAGGAUUGGUAACGUUCUCUCAGAAGAACAAUGUCAAUCUUGUCGUUCCAGGCCCUGAGGCUCCGCUGGUGGAUGGCAUACAGAAAUUCUUUCAGUCGGUUGGAAUUAGAUGUUUUGGCCCUUCCCAGGCUGCUGCACGCAUGGAAGGCUCGAAGACAUUCUCCAAGGACUUCAUGAAACGCCACAACAUCCCGACCGCUGCCUACGAAAACUUCAGCGAUUACGCAAGUGCAAGUAGAUAUCUAGACUCCGUCAAUCAUGAUGUCGUUAUCAAGGCCAGUGGCCUUGCUGCUGGAAAAGGGGUUAUCAUCCCCCAGUCGAAGGAGGAAGCUCAAAAGGCACUAAGGGAAAUGAUGCUUGAUCGACAGUUUGGAGAGGCCGGAGACGAGGUUGUAAUCGAAGAGUUCCUUGAGGGAGACGAACUCAGUAUUCUUACAUUCUCCGAUGGGUACACGGUCAGGUCGCUCCCGCCCGCGCAGGAUCACAAACGCAUCUUCGACGGAGAUCAAGGUCCCAACACGGGAGGCAUGGGUUGCUAUGCGCCAACGCGAAUUACAUCAAAGGAAGUGCUUGAUGAGAUCGACAAGACUGUUAUUAUCCCUACCAUUAGCGGAAUGAGGAGAGAAGGUUUCCCAUUUGUUGGAAUUUUAUUCACUGGACUCAUGAUGACCAAGAAUGGACCUAAGGUCCUUGAAUACAAUGUCCGUGGCGGUGAUCCAGAAACACAAACUCUUCUGCCUCUCCUGAGUGAUGACACUGAUCUAGCCGAGGUGAUGAUUGCUUGUACUGAGCAUUGGCUUGAUGGUGUGACGAUAAAAAUUGAGCCGAAAUUUUCCGCCACUGUAAUUGCUGUCGCAGAGGGAUAUCCAGGUUCCUACGCGAAGGGCCGGGAUAUUUCCCUGACUCCACCACCGGCGGCAAAUACCCUGAUUUUCCACGCAGGCACCACUCUAACAAACAAUCACCUGAAAACAUCCGGUGGUCGUGUUAUCGCGGCAACAUCCACAGCUGCCACGCUCGAGGAUGCAGUAAGCGACGCCUACGCCGGAAUUUCUACUGUCAACUUCCAAGGGAUGCAUUACCGUAAGGACAUCGCACACCGCGCCUUUAGAUCCACAUCCGCCUCCAAUGCUGAACCCCUCACCUACGCCGCUGCCGGCGUCUCCAUAGACGCGGGCAACGACCUCGUCAAGCAAAUCAAAGCCAACGUCGCCCAGACCCGACGCCCAGGAACUGACGCCAUAAUCGGCGGUUUCGGCGGCACCUUCUCCCUCUCAACCUGCAACUCAGGCUUCCACCCUUCCUCGCCAACUCUAAUCGGCGCCAUCGACGGUGUCGGCACCAAGCUCGCCAUCGCCCAUGAAAUGCGCGUGCACAACACCGUCGGCAUGGACCUAGUGGCCAUGAACGUCAACGACCUCGUUGUCCAGGGCGCUGAGCCCCUCUUCUUCCUCGACUGCUACAGCUGCGGCAAACUCGAUGUCGCCACGGCUGCAGCAUUCGUGUCCGGCGUUGCUGCCGGCUGCGUCGAUGCCGGCUGCGCACUGAUCGGUGGAGAAACGGCUGAGAUGCCUGGGCUAUACGCGGGCACGGCUUACGACGCUGUCGGCGCUGCGGUGGGUGCGAUCGACACGGCGAAGCGCACGGUCCUGCCGGACAUAGAGCGGAUGCAGGUCGGCGACGUGCUCCUCGGGCUGGCCAGUAGUGGCCCGCACUCCAACGGAUACUCUCUGGUGCGGAAAGUUGUCGAGCGCUCGGGCCUCUCGUACCACGAUGCUGCGCCCUUUGAGACCGCGGCUCCGUCGCUCGGUGCUGCGCUGUUGACCCCUACGCGGAUCUACGUCAAGCCGCUCCUGGCGGCUCUCGCGGCGGCUCCCGGUGCGAUUAAGGGUCUUGCGCAUAUUACCGGUGGCGGACUUGUGGAGAAUAUCCCGCGCGCGCUCCCAAAAUACCUGACAGCGCUUGUUGAUGUGGCGUCGUGGCCACUUCCGCCGGUGUUUAGGUGGCUGAAGAAGGCUGGGGGAAUUACGGGCUCGGAGAUGGGGCGGGCGUUUAAUAACGGGAUUGGCAUGGUUAUUGUUGUUGAAAAGGAGGAUGUGGCACUUGUGAAGGGAUUGUUGGAAGGAAAGGGGGAGAAGGUAUUCGUUGUUGGAGAGUUGGUUGCGCGUGGAGAAGAUGAGGGUUGUGUGUUGAAAAGCUUGGAAAGUUGGGAGUAA